AUGAAGCUGUUUAUCGUCUUGUUUGCACUAGCUGCCUACGCAAUGGCCGAAGCUGGUCCAAACCUCGAAGCGAGAGCUGGGUGCUCCCAGAAGGGACAAUACUGCAACGGUGGCACAUUCCUGUGCUGCCCCGGACAAGGAAGGUGUAGUGGAGGUGUGUGCAAAUAA